ACUCCCCCAUUCGCUCUAUCGCAAUUAGCAAGAUUCAGGAACAUCUCCGCGACGUGAUCGGAGAGCACGGGAACGAACCGGAAGGCGGCUUCGAGGGAGAUGGGGGCGUCGUCAUGGCCGUCGGCGGAGGAGGUGGAUAACGUGAGGAAGGUGGUGGCUAAGAUGAGCGGACGGGAUCACAGAGAUGUUAAGUUUGUUGUCUCUCCGUACAGGAUUUGCCCGCUGGGCGCCCACAUUGAUCAUCAGGGUGGGAUUGUCACGGCUAUGACUGUCAAUAUGGGAAUAAUUUUGGGGUUUAUACCUACUGAUGAUGGUCAGGUUUUCUUGUGGUCAAAACAAUUUCUAGGAGAUGUGACAUUCAGUAUUAAUGAAGAACAAAUUCCCAAAGAAACUUAUGAGGAACCAGGUUGGGGGCGUUAUGCUAGAGGUGCCCUUUAUGCAUUACAAACAAGAGGCCAUCAUCUCAAUAAGGGUAUCAUCGGCUAUAUUUGUGGCUCGGAGGAGCAUAGUUCAGGGCUUAGCUCUUCAGCAGCUGUUGGGAUUGCUUACUUAUUGGCUUUGGAAAAUGCAAAUGACAAAACCAUGUCUCCAGAAGAUAAUGUUGAGUUGGAUCGGGUAAUUGAAAAUGAAUAUUUAAAUCUCAGAAAUGGUAUUCUGGAUCAGUCAGCCAUAUUGCUUUCGAAGUAUGGCUAUCUAACUUGUGUGGACUGCAAGAUGAAAGAACACAAAUUUGUCAAGUUUGCAGAGAACAAACAGUCUCAGGGACACACAGCAUACAAGAUUUUACUAGCAUUUUCAGGGCUAAAGAAUUGUUUAACCAAUAACUCUGGAUAUAAUUCUCGAGUUUCUGAGUGUCAAAAGGCUGCACGAGCUCUUUUAGAAGUUUCGGAUGAUGGAAAGUCGAAUCCUCUUCUUUGUGAUGUCGAUCCAAGCUUGUAUGAAGCCCGCAAGUCCAAGUUAAGUCUGGAACUGGCUAACAGAGCUAGGCACUACUUUUCAGAAAAUGAGCGGGUUAUAAAAGGUAUACAAGCAUGGGCAUCUGGAAAUUUAGAAGAUUUUGGAAAGCUGAUAUCAGAAUCUGGUCGCAGUUCCAUAUAUAAUUAUGAGUGUGGAUGUGAGCCGAUGGUGCAACUCUAUGAAAUCCUUUUGAAGGCUCCUGGUGUUUUAGGAGCUCGAUUCAGUGGUGCUGGAUUCAGAGGCUGCUGUCUUGCACUUGUUGAUGCCCGCUGUGCUGACAAAGCUGCUGCAUAUGUCAAGAAGAAGUACCGAAUGGUUCAACCUAAGUUAGCCAAUGAGAUCCCAGAAGAUAGGUUUGUAUUGAUUUGUGAACCAGGAGGCUCUGCCCAUAUAAGAGAAAAUAUUCAGGGUCAGGACUGAAUUGUAUAUGCAGCGAUAGUGCUUGAGAAGACAUCUUCAUUCAUAUCAUUCUUACAUGACAACCUGAAACUCGCACAACCUUUUAUUCUUUAAUUUUGAAGAGCUGGAUGCUUGAUGUUCAUCUGCUAUAAAAGCUAAAAAAAGCUGUCAAAGCUAUUUAUUAACGG